AUGCUGAGUUUCGGGCCUUACGAUUUUAAAUUGCUCCUUCAGAAUUUGACCCUCUUAAGAGAGCUUGAUCUUACUGAAGUAGACAUCUCUUCAGCAAUACCUCAAAAUUUAUCUUCUUAUAUAACAACUCUGAGGUUGGGAUCCACAGAAUUGAAUGGGAUAAUUCCUGAGACUAUUUUUCACUUGCCAAACUUGCAAGUUCUUACAUUGUCAAACAAUAAUCAGCUUGGUGGUUAUUUUCCAAAGACCAAAUGGAACAGCAGUGCAUCUCUCAGGGAGUUAGAUCUUUCUCCAGUUAAGUUUUAUGGUGAUUUGCCUGAAUCUCUUGGUUAUCUAACAUCAUUGCAGUCCUUGGAACUUAAUUCUUGCAAUCUCUCGGGGCCAAUUCCAAAAUCUCUUUGGAAUCUCACUCGUCUAGAGUUGUUGCACCUUUCAAAGAACCAUCUUGAAGGACCAAUUCCUCUAUCUCUUGGCUAUCUAACAUCUUUGCGCUCCUUGCAACUUAAUUCUUGUAAUCUCUCGGGACCUAUUCCAAAAUCUCUUUGGAAUCUCACCCGUAUAGAGUUUAUGGAUUUUCGAAAUAACCAUCUUGAAGGACCAAUUCCUCCUUUUACUAGUGGACUGCAGAAUCUAAACACACUUCUGCUAACAAAUAACUCUUUGAAUGGAGCGUUACCAUCAUGGAUAUCCUCUCUUCCAUCACUAAGUGAACUAGACUUGAGUCGUAACCACUUUUCCGGUCAGCUUGAGGAUUUCAAGUACAAUACAUUAGUCCGGAUUAAUUUAGGACACAACCAGUUGCAAGGUCCGCUUCCCAAGUCACUUCAGAACCUCGUGAAUCUAACAAUACUUUAUCUUUCAUUUAACAAUUUUAGUGGCAAUGUAGACGUCAGCAUCUUUUCAAACCUCAAACAACUUACCGAUCUUGAUCUUUCAUAUAAUAGUAUUUCGCUAACCAAUAAGAACAAAACCAAGUCUACCUUGCCUGAAUCUUUGACAAGCUUACUGUUGUCUGCUUGUGAAGUAAAUGAAUUGGAUUUUUUGCGAUCAGCAAAGAAUCUUGAGCAGUUAGAUCUUUCUCAUAACAAGAUUCAAGGAACAAUUCCUGAUUGGGCAUG